UUCAUCAGAUGUUAAUGCGUGGGCGAAUGGAACUUUGACUCACUCAACCGAUUCGUUCAAACACGGAAUCAUUCAGCAAUGAAUCGUCUGGUUUCUGUGGUUCCGCCUAAAAUAGAUUGAUACAGAUCAUCAUCAUCGUCGUCUGAUGAAGGCUCAGGAGGCGUCGGAGGGUGCCGUGGGCAGACGGCUGAGCUGUGAUGGAGAGAGAGGAACGGUUCGUUACCUGGGUCCGGUUCUUCCCACCGCAGGUGUGUGGCUGGGAGUGGAGUGGGAUGAUCCAGAGAGAGGAAAACACGACGGGAGUCAUGAAGGAGUGCGAUACUUCACCUGCAGGUGCUCAUCAGUUCUCCACUGCGCCCCCAUGUGGCAGCAGUUAGAGGAGCUUUAUCUCGCUGACAAUCACAUCACAGAAUUACUGAGACCAGAGCGUGUGCUGCAGACAUUACAAGUUCUGGAUGUAUCCAGUAACCACAUAGCCCAGGAGACGGUGCUGGAAAUCUCACAUUUACCCUGUUUGGAGAAGCUGAAUCUGUCCAGCAGCAGUUUAUCUGUCAUUCAGUUCAGUGACGCUUCAGCAGGUAACAAGACAGCUGUGUUUCCUGCGCUGAAGACACUUUUACUAGACGACGACAACAUUUCAGAGUGGCGUGUGGUGAACGAACUGGAGAAGCUGCCGUCUCUGCUUCAUCUGUCCUGCAGGAGGAACCCACUGCUGCAGAGAGAGAAGAACCUGGAGACCGCCAGACAGAUCAUCAUCACGCGACUGAGCCGCCUGGAGCUGCUCGACAUGAGACAGGUUUUGUCGGAUGAGAGGAGGGGUGCGGAGCUGGAUUACUGUAAGAUGUUUGGAUUGGAUUGGCUGAAGGCCGGAGGUCACAGUGACCCGGAGAAGAAUCACCCCAACACAGAGUUCAUGAGUGAACACCCACGAUUCCUUGCGCUCCUCCAGAAGUACGGCGCUCCAGACGAGGGCGAGCUGAAAGAACAGAAACCAUUUGCGCUAAAAAAUCAACUAUUAACCGUAACGUUCGUCUGUCCGGAGGAUUCGGAGAGGAAGCCCAUAGAGAAGAAGCUGCCAGGCUCGAUGAUCGUUCAGAAGGUGAAAUUACCAGGAGUGGAGUUAAAGCUCUCCUACACCUGCUCGAAGAUGUCCGGCAGAGAGAUUGAGAUCGAUAACGAUCUGAAGCCGCUGGAGUUUUACUCGGUGGAGGACGGCGACAGAAUUCUGGUGCGCUGGUCCUGAUGAAACCGCAGGGAAUUGUGGGACAUUUGAGCCACUGACCACUGAAACACUCCACGGAUCAGAAAUCAUCUCACAUUUGUGUUUACGAUUAUAACGCAACGUUAUUCCUCCAGAAAACAAAGCAUUGCCAAACUCUCUUUAUAAAGCAUAAUCUAUUUAGUAUUUCGUUUGGAUCCUUCGAUGUCUGUGCGAAUCAUUACAGUCUCUCACCACCAGAUGGCGCUCCAUUUCGCUGCGCCAAACCUGUGGCUGGAGCAAAUAUUCCAGAAAGACACUUUAUAAGAUCACGUGAAUCUCAUAAAGAAAUGUACAGGUCACAUUUCAACCCAGUAUCAAUGUUUGUUUUUCACAUUCAAAUCAAAUAAAAUUCAGUACAUCGUACGGCAAAA